GUCGUACGGGCCUUAUCGUCCGUGUGUAUGUGUGUGUGUGUGCGUGCGGACGCGCGUGCUCUCUGAUAUGGCUGUGUGACUCAGAUCAAUCCAGUUGUUCGUACUAGUGCUCUGUGAGCUAAAGUAGUGGUGACCACCGCAUGUGACUUGUACAUAAGGAUGCUGUUGUGAAGUGCGGCAGUGACUGGUAAACACUGUGGUAGAAACUGGAAGAAGCUGGGAUGGAAAGUGUGUGUGAAGUUGUUGUAGGACACUGUGGUAGGCAGAGACUGCUGUAAAUGUGGCAGAGAUUUGUAUUGGAAGUGUGGUUGAAGACAGUGUGGUGUGUGGGUGGCAGCGAUGGGUGAGGUAGACAAGAAGUACAUGCCCUUCUGGAAAUGGUGGAUCCACAAGAGCGAGUCCAGUCCAACGCUGACUCACAAGACCACCGCCAGGACCACGAAGACCACCUCGCGCACCGUCUCCAGACCUGCUGUGGCUAAGACCAGGCACAUCAUUUCCUCUGAGGAUCUCUAUGAGCGGAAGAGACCCAUCAGAAAGGAAUUGAAAUCAACUGAGGAACACUUUUUAAGGUCCUUGGAGGAGGGUCAUGGGGUCCGAUCGUCAGAGGACCUGCUUGAGACAAAAGAUGAAGAUAUGACAAUGUCUUUGGAGAGACACAGAAGGGCAGUCUCCACCAGCCGUCUCCCAGCUAGACCCUCGUCCCUUGAGCAAACAGUCAUCGAGUCGCUAACUUCGCGUCAGACUCAAGAGUCGAAGUCGGCGAGUUCGUUGGAACUUAAAGGCAGCCGGUGGUUGUACCAGGAGACACCCGACGAGGACACACACACCAAGAGCAAGAAGAGCGGCGCUGGCAGCAAAAGACGACUCACUCUCCCACUAAGUAGGUCCAAAAAGUCGAGUGAAACUAAAACUAAAAAGAAAGAAAGAUGGGGAAGCAAGAGCAGCAAGAUCACAAAUGUGGACGCUGGUCCGUCACCGUCUACCUACGAUACUGUUGACAACAGUUCUUUCAUCCAACAGUCCUCCCUAGACAGAAGACAUUUUAAUUUCGGCGCCAACAUGCAUCAUUUAGACAAGGGUAAACUGUCCUCUCCCGGUUACGAAAUCUUGACCCCAACAGAGAUAUAUGAGAAAAGAUCUACUCUGGCCAAUACCACCAAAGAAGGAGAAAGGCAAGAAUUUCCUUCCAGUCAGAGGUCAGUCAAUGGACAAAGUGAAACCUCAGGAUCCGAGCGAGACAACUCAACUUUAAAAGUUGAAACAGCAGGAGCCACGAAAGAAGCGGGUGAGAGCAGAGCUGCCACUAGACAGGAUAUAGCCGUGGAGAAGACAGGAACCCAAGAAAGUGAAGAUGGUUCCAGCAAGGGCACUCAAGUUGGUAUAUCAUCCUCUGAACUUAACAGCAUUCAGUUUCUAGCCAACGAAGCUCUGCUAGAGGGCACGACCAGCAGGAAAACUGAGGGCAUGGACGUGAGCAACAGUUACGAUGUGCUGGGACCACCUCGACCCAUCUACGAGGCACCCCCGCCACCCAGACGAGUUGAAGUGUCGCCAAUACCUCCACAAGACACAGGUGUCGCGGUCCAAACCUUAACACAGCAGAGAGAAGUUCAUGGACAAGAAGAAGCCCCAAGGACUCCCAGCACAAAGGGCUUCCCUGAGCGUCCUCUUCCGACACCACCUUCGUCAGGAGACAAUAAUCUCAGUGAAGCAAAGCUGUCGCCCCUUGAUCAGAACACCAUGCCAUCAGACACCAGCAACGUACAUCAUUCCGAUGUCCAUCGGACGCAGAGUGAGCAGCCGCCAACACCCAAGGUGGUAAAGAAGCACCAGGCGGUGAGGCGCACCAAGAGUGAGCCGAGGAUGAAACGCAGCGAAUUUCACCCUCUCAACCUGGCCCUCACCACCACAGAGACGGAGGCCAUGCAGUCUGUCCUCGACGACCACCUCUUCAAGCACAACCUUAAAGUCAUGACAGAGGCUGGCGUGGAUGCCGAGGAGCUUCAACACAAACUAGCCAUAAAGAAAGAUUCAAAUGCUUCGACGACUUCCAGUGUCUCCUACCAACAGGUAUCACCAGUUUCUGGAUUCAGUCAAGAGUCUCACGAUCCACGGACCAAACUUAGUUAUGAUCCUCAGUUUUCCGGAUCAAGAUCUUCCUCAUUCCGAUCCAAGCCUACACCACCUGCCAGAUCUCCUUCAACCAAACUUACAUCAGCAUCAAGGCUAGACUCCCUCUCGAGCCAGUCUUCCACGUCCUCCAAGCUCUCAACCUCCGGUCACACACUGGCCAUCAACCAGGGCGAUUCCAUGGCAGUUGCUCAAGAGCGAGAGAAGCACCGAGGCAACUCUCCCACCUCUGCAUUUGUGGCUCAGAAACCUUUAGAUCAGACACUUCUUCCAUAUGCUACAACAGUGUCUAACACCGAAACAAUUCAUCAUCCCGUUUUUCCAUACCAAGAACCAUCGUUACAAAGCUCGCAGAUUGAUCUGAAUCAUCCCCCGGCACACAGCCACACAUCAACGCCACCACCACAGCAGUUGAUGCCCCAGAACUCCACCAGGGAUCCACCUACUGGAGCACCACCUCCUCCAGUGGUCAGGGAUCCACCUACUGGAGCACCACCUCCUCCAGUGGUGGUUGCUGUCAUCCGCAAGCCUCAACAGUGGUCGCUGACACUAUCAGAUGUGGCUCACUUCCAGGAAGCGACGCCACCGGCUCCUGGUAACCACAGCCGGCAGGUGAAAGAAAGCCUUUACCAGCACUACCCAGCGCAGAAAUCUGCGCCGCGUCCUAGUGCUGAACGCGACGUGGCCAGACAUGCGGUCAGUAACUGGGUGGCGCACCGCCUGUCGCAGUUCCCGCCAGAGGUUCAGUCGCUGUACAUCGGACACAAGUGGUCGUACAGCAGGGGGCGGUCCCCCCGCGGACGACCUCAGCCCAUCAUCAUGGAGGAACAUGAGGACGAAGUCUUCCAAACCUUCCCACCUGUCAAGGCUCAACAUGCGCUCAAGACCAAAAGUUCGAGCGACUCUGACCAUUCUGUGGGCGGUCUGCGAACAGCUUCUCUGGACCGCCUGGGCCGCAGGUCUCAGGCCCACCCUGGCGCCCACGCCCACACACCCCACUACUCCUUACCACGACGCCCACAGAGCACCCAAAGGUACUCCCAGCCACAGUCUAAGGUACGUCCUUUCUCAGAGUUUCCCGUCCUCUCGAUCUCCACCGUAAGAAAUGCAGUGGUUUAGCCAAACCCAAACCGU